AUGGAAGGAAUAAACAAAACUACGAAGGUACAGUUCUUCUUUCGUCCAUUUUCUCUUGACCCUGAGGUCCAGCUGGUGAUUUUUGUGGCCUUCCUGGCGAUGUACCUAACUAGCCUCAGUGGAAAUGCCACAAUUGCAGUCCUUGUCCAGAUCAACAACUCCCUUCACACCCCCAUGUACUUUUUCCUGGCUAACUUGGCAGUUCUGGAAAUAUUCUAUACAUCUUCCAUUGCCCCCCUGGCCCUGGCAAACCUUCUUUCAAUGGGCAAAACUCCUGUUUCCAUCAUUGGAUGUGGCACCCAAAUGUUUUUCUUUGUCUUCUUGGGUGGGGCUGACUGUGUUCUGCUUGCAGUCAUGGCUUAUGACCGGUUUAUAGCCAUUUGUUACCCUCUAAGAUACACCCUCAUGAUGAGGUGGUCCUUGUGUGUGGAGCUGGCUGUGGGAUCCCUGGUGCUGGGUUUCCUGCUGUCACUGCCCCUAACCAUUUUAAUCUUCAGUCUCCCAUUCUGCCACAACAAUGAGAUCUAUCACUUUUACUGCGACAUGCCUGCAGUCAUGCACCUGGCUUGUGCCGACACACACAUUCAUGAGACUGCCCUGUAUGUCAUAAGCUUCAUUGUCCUAAGCGUCCCCCUCACGCUGAUCUCCAUCUCCUACAUCUUCAUUGUGAUAGCCAUUUUACGGAUACAGUCAAAAGAAGGGCGUCACCGAGCCUUCUCCACCUGCUCCUCUCAUAUUUUGGUGGUCCUUCUGCAAUACGGCUGCACCAGCUUCAUUUAUUUGUCCCCUAGUUCCAGCUACUCGCCUGAGAUGGGACGAAUGGUGUCUGUAGUCUACACUUUUAUAACCCCCAUUUUAAACCCCUUGAUCUACAGUAUGAGGAACAAAGAACUGAAAGAUGCUUUAAAGAAGUCACUGAAAAAGUUCUAG